GCGCCGCUUUCAGUCGCCGUCUGGUCGUCGCCAGGUUGCCCGCGGUUCUACGUCGCUCUUGGUUGAUUCCUUAUCGACUGGCCACGAUUGAGCGCGAUAAUAAAUUCUUGCCUCCGAGCAAUUGUAACUGAGUAAUAUAACAUCACAUCUUAUCGCCUCGUCAAUAAUCUGUCGAUUACGUGGUAUCAAGGCUGCACCGAUAUCACGGGCGAUUCACUCGAGUUUUCUGUGCACCUGCGACGUAAGAGGAUUUCGUAGACGCGGCGCGCCGAGACGAGAAAGUGCCAGCGUGGUGCAUUUCAUUGGUGAAGUGAUCCCGACCGCAUUCCACGUUUUGUAAGUCGGCGUUCGCGGCGCGUGUGGUACGUGUGAUUUGAAAGGGGAAAAAAAGGAAAUGAUCUGUCGUGCCUGAGUGCAAGGCGCAGGUGUGUGUCGGCGGAAAACGGUCAGAGAGCGAAUCGACGGAGAUGCGUAUUUGCCCCUCGUACGUGACCGCAAGGUGACGGGAAGAAAUGUGAUAACGUCAAGAAAUCGCUCGACCCGAGUACAUACAUAUCGUCGACACAUAUACACACAUAUAUACAUAUAUAUAUAUAUGAGAAUCAUAAAUUGAAUAUCUUAAUCAUAUCUCCAGUCCGCGAUCAUAAUUCGUCAAAUUAUUAUCUAACUUUCCCUGCGGAGGGAAUAAAUCAAACACAUAUCGAUUGCCAAACGUAUCGCUGCAUCGUUAAGAGACACCUGAAAACCCCGACGUCUGGUAUAUACAUAUAUCGUAGAAUUACUUUCACGCGUAAUUCAGCGGCCGACUCGUUCCGCUUGGUGCGCGUGUGUGUGAUCGUCUAUUUAUCUAUCUGCAUAUCCGUCUAUUAUCAGUAUUUCCAGAGAUCAACUCGAAGUAGCGUCAAACCGCCGAGACGAUGACGUGCAAAUAUACGCGGUCGCGAGGAAUUGUUUGGCUCGCGCGUCAAUGACUCGUCUCUCGUGAUAAAAGAUCGCGACCCCGAUUGACCCCCUUCAUUGUGAAAUUCGCGAUCGCUCGUUAAAUCGCAAGAGAGCAACGCGAUCUCUUCUUAUUAGUCGGGCGUUUAAUUAGCACUCGCGAUCGCGUCCGAAAGGAGAGGAGGGACCAACACCCGAGAGCUGGACUUGGAGCCCUCUCUCUCUCUGCCUCACCCGACGUCAUUCGGCGGCUCGCUGGUGGCAGGUCGAGGCGAGCGGGGGCGUGAGGAUGUUGCUGAAGUAACACGACAUUUCGAGGCCGCACGCUAGAGAAGCCACGAUAAUCGCAGCGAGCGCGCGGACGAGGAGGAAGGUGUCGAUCGCAGGCGCACAAAGGCCCAGGAUCGUAGAGCGGCGGUAGGAUGGGCUUUCCCAGGAGAAGGUCUCUGUGGCUGAAGGUGGCGUUGCUGGCGACCGCCGUGUGGGUGACCGUCUGUUUCCUGCUGUACACGGAAGACCGGACGGCCGCGGCCGUCGUUCAGGGUUUGGCGCCGUCGGGCGCCGCGAUGCCGCAAGCGGGGAACAGCUUUGUACCGCCCGCGGCGCCCAUCAGGAAAGAGACGGCCGGGGGUGCGUUCAAUAGAGCGAAGAUCAAUCAGGCUGGGCCCGAGCAAGGUGGUGGAGUGCUGGCCGCACCGCGGGACCUGGAUGCCGGGCCGGGCGAAAUGGGCAGACCCGUGAUACUGCCGACCAACAUGUCCGCACAGACCAAGAAGAUGGUGGACGAGGGCUGGCUCAACAACGCGUUCAAUCAGUACGUCAGCGACCUCAUCUCCGUGCACAGGUCCUUGCCCGACCCACGCGACCAGUGGUGUAAGGAACCCGGUAGAUACUUGAAGGAUCUGCCGCCCACAGCAGUGGUCAUUUGCUUCCACAACGAGGCUUGGUCGGUGCUGCUGCGCACGGUGCACUCGGUGCUGGAUAAAUCGCCGGAGCAUCUCAUACAGGAGAUCAUUCUGGUCGAUGACUUCUCCGAUAUGCCUCAUCUGAAGCGUCAGUUGGAAGACUACAUGAUAAAUUAUCCGAAGGUGAGGAUUAUCAGGGCGAAUAAGCGGGAGGGCCUUAUCAGGGCGCGCCUGUUGGGCGCAGCGGCGGCUAAGGCUCCGGUGCUUACGUAUUUGGACAGCCAUUGCGAGUGCACGGAGGGCUGGCUGGAGCCUCUUCUUGACCGGAUCGCCCGCGAUUCGACGACGGUAGUUUGUCCGGUGAUCGAUGUUAUAGACGACACAACCCUGGAAUACCACUGGCGGGACUCGGGUGGCGUGAACGUCGGCGGAUUCGAUUGGAAUCUUCAGUUCAAUUGGCACGCGGUACCGGAGAGGGAGAAGAAACGACACAAAAACCCGGCCGAACCUGUUUGGUCGCCAACGAUGGCCGGCGGCCUCUUCGCUAUAGACCGAACGUUCUUCGAGCGGAUCGGCACGUACGACAGCGGCUUCGACAUUUGGGGCGGCGAGAAUCUCGAGUUGUCAUUCAAGACCUGGAUGUGCGGAGGCACCCUGGAAAUCGUGCCAUGCUCGCACGUGGGCCACAUCUUCAGGAAACGUUCGCCUUACAAGUGGCGCAGCGGCGUGAACGUGCUCAAGAGGAACAGCAUAAGGCUGAGCGAAGUGUGGCUGGACGAGUACGCCAAGUACUACUAUCAGAGGAUAGGUCACGACAAGGGGAACUACGGCGACGUAUCGGAACGAAAGGCCCUUAGGAAGAAACUGGGGUGCAAGUCGUUCAAGUGGUACCUGGACAACGUUUAUCCGGAACUCUUCAUUCCGGGCGAGGCGGUCGCCUCCGGAGAGAUUCGAAACCUCGGCGCGGGCGGUAAUAUCUGCUUGGACUCACCGGCGCGCAAGGCCGACAUGCACAAGCCGUGCGGAUUGUAUCCCUGCCAUCAACAGGGCGGAAAUCAGUACUGGAUGCUCAGCAAGACGGGUGAGAUCCGCCGAGACGAGUCGUGCUUGGACUACAGCGGUAGCGACGUCAUCCUCUAUCCUUGCCACGGGGGUAAAGGGAAUCAGCUAUGGAUGUACGAUUCUCAGACUAAUCAGAUCAGGCACGGCAGCAGCGACAAGUGUCUGGCUAUCACGGAGAGCAAGCAGCAGCUGGUGAUGGAGGAAUGCUUGCCGAACGCGUCGAAACAGAAGUGGUCCUUUGAGAAUUACGACCCGUCGAAGCUAUGAUACCGCGCCUUCUCGCGCCGUCACUCGCGCAAUUUCGGCCAGGGCUUCGAGCGCGUCGCCAGAAACUCCUGGCUGCCGCGCAAACGAUACUCGAUCGCCAAGACCCGCUUCGGCAGAUAAAUCACGUGGCUAGCGAGAUCGCGGAAUCCCAUCGUCGGGCGCCGCUCGUCCGAGCAAGAUCGCCACGGACGAUCGCCGAGUGCGAGUUCGGCCGGUGCAAUUUCUCGAUACUUGACGUAUCGCGCGCUGCCACGGAAAUUGGAGAGGAAGAGCCUGGCCAUCUCUUCCGAAAUCAGUGGAAGAGAUCGAGACUAUACGGACCGUGAAACGACGAAAAGCGGCGGAUCGUGAUGCAACGAAACACACUCGCGAGAACAAUAUGCUUAGAGAAUUUUUUACUCGAGAAAUACAGCGCAUUUAAGGUUAAAUUAUAGAUUAUACAUAUGUAUGUCUCCACUGAGAGAGCGACGACGCGCAGCGGCUCAAGUCAGCCGCGUCUCGGCCUCAGUUCUCUAUGUCGUAAUCCUAAAAAGAAAGAGAAAAAGAAGCUAACAGAUUUAUCGCAAGCAAAAGAAAGAGACAGAUCGGCGGCCCGAGAUAGCAAAAGAGGAUCGUGAACGAACGUGACCGUAUCGACCGUAUCGCGCAGACCUCUCGAUCGUCACUUUCGUUCGCCGAUCGUCCAUGCUUUCGCGAGGAUCCAGGAAGCGCGAUUACCCGUUGCGCGCCAUCGUCGAUCCUCACGAAAGCAAAUCGUCGUCGAUUGUCUGCCCAGGCGACGAGCGGUGGUUCGCUUCUCUAUCCGUCUCCUCGGUUAUCCGCCCGUCGCGGUUCUCGUAUCCAAGAGUUUUCGCGAACGCAAACUCUCCAGAGCGUCUUGGACGAGUCCGAACAAGCGUGCCCAACGACAGUCGUCAUUGAUCCUUUUAGAAGACAACAGUCAAGUGCCAAAUUUUGAAAUAUCCAUAUCCCGAGAUCGCACCGCUGUCGCGACUAACCUCGCACGCAAUUAACGUGGCGAGCACGUAAGUGGCGCGCCGUUCGGGAGAACUUGUACUCGCGUGUGCCGAAUGAUUUAAGGAGAUCGUAUUAGACGAUAUAUCCGUAUGGUCGAGUCCUUCCGUCGAGUUCUCUCCCUCUGUUGAAGAAAGCCGUGAGAAAGCCGGUGCGACGUUCGAAGGGAGCGCGAGAAGAGUUACAAGUCCCUUGACGCACUGUUGCGUUAAAAUAACUGCGUUAUACUCACGCAACGGCUCGCGCGCCCGUCUAAUCGGGCUUUAUCACCGGCGGUUUAUCUUGUGAGUCGUCUGCCCGAUUAUGUGGGGAUUCCUUGAGGUGCAGGUAGCCGGGGAGUCGUGAGGGCGAGACCGCGCGCGAUUUAUUCACCGCCACUCGGACGGAGACGAUUCCUCCCGACUCUGUCCAUCUCAUUAGUGCGCAAACACGUAUACGAAAUGUAAUAUCUCGAUCGUACUGCUAAACAUCAUUCCACACGUCCGAGACAAUCGUCGGACGUGCGCCACGCGUCGCCUAGUCGACGAUUCGACCACUCGUCGCGACGAUAGCACUUGUCAAUCGCCCGUAAUCUCUCUUUACCUCUUGUGACUGUUCUUCUCGCGAGAACAACGACGAGAGAGCAAGAGAGAUGAAGACGGCGACGUUUCCACGCGUCAAAGUCGCGCGACAAAAAGAUUGUAUUUUCUCCGUUUUUAGUUCUUAAUUUAGGAUACUCGUGUAAGGUAGUCGGGAAAACGCAGAGAAGGAAAAUAAAUGUAAGGGAGGAGCGGCGAAAGCACAUUCCGAGGAGGCACAGGCGAUUCUCGUUCGAUUUCGUUUGUACAUUCGUGUAAGAUACGAUGUCUUGAUGCCAGUUCAGGAUAUAAGUACCGCCUAAGUAAAUUUAAGGGGAGCGCGGACACGCGUGUACGAGUUGUCGAUUACCGCGGGCGAAAUUGCGACGACUCGGCGAGGUGACUGGCAAUCGUCAGCUCGACCGCGCGUGAGCCCGCCGUGCGAAAUACUCCACGAUGAGAAGAAAUAAUACGCUCUUUAGAAGAAUGUGGGUCUUUUCUUGAAACUUUAACUACAUAUCGCGUAUAUACGAAACCGAUCGUGGGAGUAAAUACACACACAGUCUUCGUAUAAAGAUAGGGAGCGCGCGCGAAGCGAUUCAACGUCGUCGACGGACGCGUUGGUUCUUCUGUCACUUGCGAAACGCGUGCUGAAACAUUCACAAGAUGUUCUCCCUGAUCCACGUUGGGAUCAACGCGAGCGCGCGACUCCAGACGAUCGUUCCUUCCGUUCAUUCUCGCGGAUUCGUCCGACUCGAGGCGCGAUCCGUGAACAUGAUUUCUGCGUGCCAACGAAAUCGCAAAUAUCAGCGGACGAUCGUCACUUUCGCGAAGGCGUUUGUCCGCGUAUCAUCGUUCGUUCUCUUUUUUCCGAAUUUCUUUCUCUAUGCGAGUUCCAUCGUUCGAAGCACUUUGAAGCAUAUCAUCUUUCCAUCUCUCUGAAACACAUAUCUUUCCCUUCUCCGUUGAAUUCAGAUGCAAGAGCGACGUUCUCUCGGAAGAGAAGAGUGUAGCGAACGGAAUUCAGGUGUCGAUUUCUCGGAGAGGAACUGUGAUUAGAAGUACGUGCAGAACGUAGAACCGCGUGCAAAUCGACGAAACACGCAGAUGAGUUCGCAGGUCGCAAGAAGAGAGAUCGAGGGAUUCGCGAUAUGUUCGGAUUCGCGUUUUCGCGCAUUAAUUAGUCGUGAAGGUCGUGAGUUGUGCGUCGAGACAGUUUAAUCGUGUAAAGUAUUCCGCUGGAAGAAGGAAGAAAGAAGGGAAGAGAGUAAGAGGGAGAGAAAGAAGCAACGAGUUUAAACUAAUCCGUGUACGAGUGUGUGCUUAAUUAGAUAUGUCUCUAAUUAGCGGUUCUAAUCUUAAGGAUAUAAACGAGUUUGCGGAGGCCGCGGUUUUGCCAAUGCGAGACGUCGGAUAAUGUUGUGCAGGGCGAGGAAAUGCGAUUGUGGACGGAGAAUGCCUCGCUUAGCCGCGAGGCGAAUCCGUCUCGCAAUCCGCCGAAUGGUUCGCUCGAGACACGAAAGAGAGGACAAGUUUAUACAGAUUAUACAUAUAUAUAUAUAUGCAUAUGACAUUUUCUACAUUUGGUAAGGACGUUGCAUAUCGUGAGGGAAGCAGGACGAUUGAUAGUAAUAAUUAAAGAAGAAGAAAAAACGAUAAAUGUGAGUAACGCGACCGCUACGCCGCCGGGACGCACGCGUUUAAUUAAUGUAAUAUCGAACGUGCCUUAUUUCGUGUAUAUAUGAAUAUUAUUAUCAUGAUUAUCAUUACUACGAACCUCUAUCAUAACGUGCAAGUAUUUGUGUUGAAUAAAUCGAUGUUGUUUUAUGUUA